UGGUCCGUCCAGCUUUCGCGUCAACUCAGCAUCAGCUGACCGCCUCAGCCUACACAGGAAGAGCGCUAGCUAAUCCAACAUGGCUGCUGUCUGCUAAUGUAGGCGGAAUUGUCUUCAGCAAUGAAAUAGACUUUGUUUAACUGUUGAUAGUUGACUUAGUUCAGUGUGUUAGCUGGUUUUGAUGCUGUUCCGACAUGGCCCAAUGUGUUCAGUCGGUGCAAGAGUUUGUUCAGGACUCGUUUGUCCCGAUGGUGGCCGUCUUAUGCAGCGAAGAAGCAGAGAGAGUAACUCGCAAGAACAACCUGAAUUUUGCUGAGCUGCUGAGGCCUUUCUGCAGACUAACGUCCGAAGGUCACAUCCGGGAUCCCAACAACCAGGUGCAGGUUGUGAAAAAUCUGCGUAUCUGUGUCAACAAUGUGGUGACAAGCGAAGGCACAGCAUCUGCUGCCCUCAGCCCUGCCCAGCGCAGACUGCUCAAUGAGGUGGUGUUAUCCUGCCAGCCACAAGAGGGUGCUGUGACCAAUGUGAUGACAACAGGCGAUUAUGAACUCAACUUCACUGCAACCACCCCCUGGUUUGAAGCCUACAGGGAGAACUUCUUGCAGUCAAUGCCUCCUGCUGACCAUGAGUUCCUCAAUCACUACCUUGCCUGCCUGCUGGUGGUGUCGUCCACUGAGGCAGUCCCUGUGGAGCAGUUCCUCAAGCUUUCCCAGGAGCAGCACAGAAUUCAGCACAGUGGAGAAUACACUAACCCCAAGUGGUUCAUCCCAAACACACUGAAGUACUAUGUCUUACUGCAUGAUGCAAGCGAGGGAGAUGAACAGAGGGCAGAUACAGUUUAUGAGGAUAUGAAACAGAGGUAUGGUCCUCAGGGCUGCUAUCUGUUGAAAAUGAACUCCCGUACCUUCUCAGCUGAAAAGGAUGAACAGAUUCCCGACCCUUGGAGUCAAUACCUGCACAAGAAUAAUCUGCGUAACCAGGAUAUGUUUGAUGAUCUAGCUCCUACUGUGAAUAGUGCUGCUCUUGAGAACAGUAUCAGUGCAGCUGAUGUGGACUGCAAUUACUCCACAGAGAAAGAUGGAGUUUCCAGUAGCCUGGAAAACCAUGCCCUCCAACUGGACACUGCUAACAGCUCGGGGAUUCUGCACACCCUCAGUGCUGUCAACACUGAUCUGAAGAAAGGUGCUCGAGAUCCAGACACCCUGGUGGGGGGAGCAGGGAGCCACGGGGCAUGUCUGACUCUUAAUGACCAUGACCACAUCAGACAGUUUAUCCAAGAAUUCACCUUCAGAGGCCUGCUGCCACACAUAGAGAAAAACAUCAGACAGCUGAAUGACCAGCUGGUGUCCAGGAAAGGUCUGAGUCGAUCUCUGUUUACUGCGACCAAAAAGUGGUUUGGCGGUGGAAAAGUUCCAGAGAAGAACAUUAGUGAGCCAAAGAGUACAUGUGGCCUUCUGUAUCCACCAGAAGCCCCUGAGCUGCAGAUCAGGAAGAUGGCUGACCUGUGUUUCCUGGUUCAGCACUAUGAACUGGCCUACAGCUGCUACCACACUGCCAAGAAGGACUUUCUGUCAGACCAGGCCAUGCUGUAUGCUGCAGGGGCACUGGAAAUGGCUGCAGUGUCAGCUUUUCUGCAAGGUGGAGCCCCCAGACCUUAUCCAGCACACUACAUGGACACGGCAAUACAGACCUACAAGGAUGUGUGCAAGAACAUGGUGCUGGCUGAACGUUGUGCUCUACUUAGCGCUGAGAUACUCAAGAGUCAGGGAAAAUACUCAGAAGCUGCAACACUUCUGAUAAAGAUGACCAGCGAGGACUCUGACCUGCGCAGUGCUCUGUUGUUGGAACAGGCAGCACAUUGCUUCAUUAAUAUGCGUAACCCUAUGGUGCGCAAGUUUGCAUUCCAUAUGAUUCUGGCUGGUCACCGUUUCAGCAAAGCAGGACAAAGACGGCACGCACUGCGGUGUUACUGCCAAGCCAUGCAGGUGUACAAGGAGAGGGGCUGGUCUUUGGCGGAGGAUCAUAUCAACUUUACAAUUGGUCGUCAGUCCUUCACACUUUGUCAACCGGAGAACGCCGUCACAGCUUUUAGACAGAUCCUGAUCAAUGACAGCAGACAGACAGCCACACAGCAGGGCGCCUUUCUCAGAGAGUACCUCUAUGUUUACAAGAGUGUGAUAGGGGCAAGUGAAGUUGACCUCCCCCAGCUGCCCCUGCCUUGUAUCCAUAGCUCAGCCACAAGAGUUUACUUUGGACAUGAACGCCGCCUUGCAGAAGGGGAAAAGCAGGCAGCCACUCAUGUGUCCUUGGACCAAGAGUAUGACCAGGAUUUGUCAGCCAUGUGGUGCCAUCUCGAGGAACAGCUUGUAGCUUCUACCAACCGUGGGAUAGUUCCAGCAAACUUCCAGCCCACCCAGUGCUGCCUGAACAACCAGACAGACAACCUCCGUCACCCACUGGCUGUGGUUGAAGAGCCAAUCAUAGUGGAGGUAACUUUCAGGAACCCUUUGAAGGUUUCGCUGGCUCUGUCAAACCUCUCACUCCUCUGGAGAUUUAGUGCUGAUGGUACAUCUUCAUCAAAGGAGACAAGGACUGAAGAGUUAACUGAAGAGACCAUUACCAAUGAGGAGACCACAGCUGUAGGGGUGGGCAAGAUGACACCAACCGAUGACUUUGUCACCACUGAGAUCAUCCAGGAAUUUCAUAUGGGUCCAGAGGAGACUAAAGUGGCACGGCUCAGGCUUCUGCCACACAGAACUGGUCAGCUGAACAUUGUGGGUGUUGUAUACAACCUGGCUGCAGCCUCUGCUGGCGACAUGGCUCUUAGUACUGAAGGUCAUCAGACAUUGGAUUUGAUGGUGGUUCGUGGCAGACAAGAUCUGAAGAUUUUAGGCCCACGACUUAACCUGACCAAAGAGGACAAGAUGUUGGUUCGGCAUGGUCCAGACCGACGUCUGGAUCCCAUCAUAACACCACCUAUGCCCCUGAUGGAGGUCUUCUUCCUGCAGUUUCCCACUGCUCUGCUGUGUGGUGAGAUCAGAAAAGCCUACGUUGAGUUCUGUAAUGUCAGUGGUGUUGCUUUGUGUGGGCUGCGAGUGGCGUCCACGCACCCUGAUUUCUUCACCUUUGGCAGCCAGGCCACAACACCCCUCACACCCAUCAGCCCAAACUCUGCUGAAAACUGCUCCGCCUACAAAACCUUAGCCACAGCCCUCCAGCCAGGCUCAGUAGCAUCUGAGGUGUUGGUUUCAGCAGAGGAUUUCAGCCAACCGUCCGGAGUGAUGGAAAUCCCAAUUGAGGGCAGCACACUGCAACCAGGGGAGUCCACUCAGCUGCCCCUUUGGCUCAGAGGACCAGACCAAGAGGGAGUCCAUGAAAUCAACUUCCUGUUCUACUAUGAGAGUACGGAGAAGGGACUUAAAAUCAGUCAUCGGGUCUUACGCCACACAGUGUUUAUAUGUGCCAGUCGGUCUUUGAGUGUACAGGCGUCGGCCUGCCGCAGCAGUGUUCCUCCACAUCACUGUCUGGAUGACAAAGGCAGUGGUGGAACACUUGUCUUUAUUGAUGUGGAGAACAUCAAUACGAGUGAAGGUGGCGUGCGUGAGUUCCACAUUGUUCAAGUGUCCAGCAGCAGUCAACAUUGGCGCCUUCACAAGUAUAUCAACCCAGACAAGGAUAAAGACUGUAAACUCAGCAGCAGAGAGAGAGCCAAGCUGUGUUUUAGAGCCACACGAUGCAAACCUCAUCAAGCUACCUCCGAUGCUGUAGAGAAAUACACCUUUGCUGACCUGAGUCUGGGAAAUGAACGGAUCAUCAGUUCCUCUACACCCUGUGGAGAUUUCUUCUUCCGCUGCUGUCAGAUCACUAACUCUCAGCAAGUGGAUAUAGCAUCAUCUAAGAUAUCAUCCAUCGGCAAGAGUCAGGGCUCUGUACCCACUGAAGACAGAGGCUCUGACAUCACCAAUAUUGCCAAGAAGUGUAAUGAGCUGGACCUGAACAUAAUCAUCAUCUGGAAGGCUUAUGUGGUCGAGGACAACAAACAGCUGAUUCUAGAGGGCCAGCUCCAUGUUGCACUGCAGACCAUUGGCAAAGAGGUCACUUCUCUGACUCCGAAAGAGGAAGCUCAGGAGAUGGUGCUGCUCAAGUUUAAAUCGGAGCUGCCUCCACCAGUCGUUCUUCCCUGUGCAGAGCUUUCCCAACUCAUUAAAACCAAUCUUCACUACCCUGAAAACUACACACAUCCGUUUGUGCAGGACAGUCUCUGUUUGGUGCCAGUUACUCUGACUCUAUCCAACUGCUCCUUGGCUCAAGUGGACGUCAUCAUUGACUUGAAACACAAAAGCAGCAGUCCAGAGACUCUGGAGGUCCACAGCUCAUUCGCUUGGGUGGGCCAGACCCAGUACAAGCUGCAGCUGAAGCCUCAGGAGGUGCUGUGCCUAUCUCUUCAAGCCUGUUUUCUUCGGGCAGGAGUCUACAACCUGAACACACCGCAAUUGUUUGCUAAACCGUCUGAGCAGAGUACCAUGUGUGAGACAAGUCAGCAGACAGCUAGUCCUGCUCUUAUUAUCAUUAACAAUGCCUGUGAAGCAUGUUGGCCUGCAGACAGGAGGACCUAGAAUUUGUGGACACAGAACCACUUAGCAGAAUCUACCAGCUACUACACAUCCUUCUAAUUAAUACUGGAAAGCAAGAAAACACAUAUUUUUUUGUAACAGUAAGUAACAUAGAGAAAUUUUAUUUAAAGCCUUUUACUCAAAAUAGACACUGAAGAGCUGAUCUUAGAAUUUCAGUGGUCAGAAAGUUUGUGGACCUUCGUUUCAUCAGCCGACCAUCAAACAGAUUAACUUUUUCUGUACUAGGUCCUCUCAUCAACAGGUUUUCCCUUCUCCCAUCCAGCCCUCUGUACCACCACUCUCUCCACCCUCCCUGUUUGUCUAUGUCACCAGCAUCUUUCAACAACUUACCUGUGUUUGGUAUAACAAAAAGCCAUGCCAAAGUCAUGUGGCAGAGACCUGCUGGUGUUGAACUAGAAUGCCGACUCUGAUCAAAACCAGAACACAAAAUCAGAGACAAACUUGUACUCAUUUUAAACCACCUUCACACAUCAACACUAUUAGUUUAUGUAUGAUCAAUCCAGUUCAGCUGGACUGGCAUUUACUUCCCCACUCUCUGAACUGAUGCCACCUGCUGGCUAUUUUAACAACUUCUGUCUGCAAACUCUGAAGGACUCCCAUUGAAAUCAAAUUCCUGAAUGGACUGAGCAGUGGUUUUGUCAGUUUUUGUGACAUUGUAACAAGAGUUGUUUACAUCCUGAAUAUUGUACACCUUGCUGUCUCCUGUCUUUUUAUUCAGUCUGCAGCUUUUCUGAAGGCAGAAUGGACGCUGAUGAGGGAAGUCUUGCUGCCCAUUCUCUUUAUGAAUUUCAAUUUGUUGGUACAAAGAUUACCAUUUCUUGUGCGCACAUCAGACUUUUUUUUUUUCAAGACCAGUCAAUCAGUGUGCGCUUUACUUCACCAAAUUGUAAUUUAGCUCUUGUAUGCACUUGACUUGACAUUUUUUCUGAAAAGUAUGUAUUAUAUUUAUAUAUAACAAACUGGAUGUAAAUACAAAUAAAAAUGUAACUAAUGAUGCUGGGGAAAGACUGGCUGUGCUGA